AUGGAGAAUGGCGUCAGAGGUGAUCGAACUGACAUUGACAGCAGAAGAAAAGCCUUCGGCUCUAAUCUUUUUCCACAGUAUAAUCUGCGAAAAACAUUUCGCCAUUUCGUGUUGGAAGCAAUUAAAGAUCCCAUGAUUGCUGUUUUGUUUAUCUGUGCUGUGCUUUCUCUAUGUCUUGGCAUUCAAAAACAUGGCCUACGACAAGGAUGGCAAGAAGGGUUGACAAAAAUACUUGCUAUUCUUGUAGUGGUAAUUGUUUCCUCCAGUGGAAAAUUCUGGCCAAUCAUUCAAUGCCUUGAAUUUUCAGUUAUCAGCAGCUAUAUUCCUGAAACUGAGGUUGUGAGAAGCAGUAAAUGGCAGCGAAUUCCAAUAUGUCGUGUUCUUGUCGGAGACGUAGUUUUUCUAAAGCCUGGUGAUCAAGUUCCUGCCGAUGGAUUGUUCAUAGAUGGCUGUUCACUAAAUACAGAGAUGAUGAGGACAGAUGGGCAAAUUGAUCGAAUCGAAGUGGACGCACACGAGAAUCCAUUCUUGUUCUUUGGCAGUACAGUUGUGGGUGGUUAUGCCAGAAUGCUAGUGACAACAGUUGGCAAGAACAUAAAGCACCAUGGAAUUUCUUUGAGGGGGUCUUCAAUUGACGAUCUCAAAAGAAUCACCUCUAUAGUAGGCAAAUCUGGCAAACUACAUGAUGAUAAUGGAAAAAGAGUGUCUUUCGGUGGAGAAACAACAAUUGGCGAUGUUCUUGCUGUCAUUGUGGGGAUUCUGGCUACUCCAACAAUGAUUGCUUUUACAUCUACUCCAGAAGACUUGGUUUCGGCUUUGCUUCUGUCUCCACUAUCUGCAUGA